UAUUAAUUUACGUAAUUUUUAUUGCUUAGAUAAUAUAAUUUUAUCGACUAUUAGAUCUUUUCUAAAUACUGACUUAAAUUAGCCAAUUUAAUAAGAUAGCCUAAAACCAUAUUAUGUGUAAAUGUUAUUGUUGCUCGUUUUUUAAUUAACGCGAAAAAAAAUUACAUUAUUAAACGGGUUUUUAAGAGCGAACAUUCGAUAAGUUGAAAAGAUUCUCUUAUUGUUGCAUUGAUGUGGUAAUAUAAAGUUGCCUGAUAUCUAUAUUAAAAAUAAUUGUUUGCUUAUCUUUUGAAUGUUUAUUUUAUAAAUUCGACAGAUAACGGUACGGUUUUUAAUAUAAGACUCUUUUUGUAAAAUCUACUUUUAGUCGUAUUCCAAUUUUUUUAAAAGUUCCGAAAGUGAGAAUGGAGAAAGAAGAAGUUGUGCCAGACGUCAUUGACCAAGUACCUAAACAUGUGGCUGAGGUACAGUAUCCUGGUGGUGAAAAAGUAGAUCUUGGAAAUGAACUGACACCAACACAAGUAAAGUAUACACCAACUAUAACUUGGCCAGCCGAUUCAGAUUCUUACUACACAGUUCUGAUGGUUGAUCCAGAUGCACCAAGCAGAAAAGAACCGACGUACUGUGAAGCUCUCCAUUGGUCUGUAGGCAAUGUACCGGGAAAUGAUAUAGCAAAAGGUGAAACUUUUGCUGAGUAUUGCGGCUCUGGAGCUCCACAAGGAACUGGAUUACACAGAUAUAUAUUUUUAGUUUAUAAACAAAAUGGAAAGAUUGAGUUCAAUGAACCGAAGAUAGACAAUCGGACCAGAGCUGGCAGGCUUAAUUUUUCGACAAGGAAAUUUGCAGAAAAGUACAAUAUAGGUCAACCACUCGCUGGCAACUUUUUCCAGGCUCAGUUCGACGAAUCAGUACUUGAAAUGUACAAAUUAAUGAAGGAUUAAAAAUUUUAUACUUUUGUUUUAUAAAAACAUAAAUAAAUAGUUUUUGUUUCGUU